GAUGGCGGGGCCCCGCAACCUGCAUGAAGCCCGCUGUUAUGCAGCAGCUCUAAGGGCCGGAGAGGCGGUAUCCAGGGCGCGGGGCGCGGCCCGGCCCCGCUCUCUGGCUCGUCGCCUCACAGUAAAGAUGGCGCACAGCGGUCGGUGGCGCUUCCCUGCCCGGCCCGGCAGCGGCGGCUGGGGCCGCCGGGGGCUGGGAGGGUCCCGGCUGCGGGUGCCGGCCGUGCGGAGCCUGCGACCCGCCGAGCCGGCGGCGGCGCCGGCGGCGGCGGGCGAGGGAGAGCGCGGCGGCCCGUGCUCCGGCGGGGCGGCGGGAAGCGGGGGAGGCGGGGCAGCGCCGGGCUCCGGCGGCUCCGGGGGCCCCGCGGCCGGGGUGGGACCCGGCUUCGACGCGGCGCUCCAGGUCUCGGCCGCCAUCGGCAUCAACCUGCGGCGGUUCCGCGCGGCCUGCGGCGCCGAGGCGGGCAGCGGAGAGGAUGAACAGUUUCUAGGUUUUGGUUCAGAUGAAGAAGUCAAAGUGCAAAGUCCCGCCAGGUCCCCCACAGUUAAAUCCAGUCCCCGCAAGCCUCGUGGGAGGCCCCGGAGCAGUUCUGACCGGAGUUCAGCUGUGCUGUCAGACUCAUCAUCAGUGUGUUCCCCUUCAAGCAAGUCUGAAACCACAUCUAUGGAGAAAGUCAAGAAGAAGGAGUUGAAGAGUGGGGAAAAAAGGCGAGGAAGACCUCCAACGCUUACAAGUGUGAAGUUCAAAUUGUCACAAGUAAAGGAUGCGUCGGACAUUCAGAAGGGCAGCAAAGAGGAAAAAGAGAGUCUGAAGAAAAUCAAAAGGUCACCAUCCACUACAUUUCAGCAAGCAACAAAGAUCAAGAAGUUAAGAACUAGUAAACUCUCCCCACUGAAAUCUAAAUUUAAGCCUGGGGCGAAACUUCAGAUUGGGAGGAAGAGCGUUCAGAUCGUGCGCAGGAGGGGCCGCCCGCCGUCCUCUGAGCGUUUGAAGAUGUCCUCCACCUUGGUCAUGAACUCACAGCUGGAGAAGCCCCAGAGGAUUCGCAAAGAAAAGGAUGGCACACCACCUCUUACCAAGGAGGAGAAGACGGCUGUCAGGCAGAGUCCACGCAGGAUUAAGCCCGUUAGGAUUAUACCUUCCACCAAAAGGACGGAUGCCACGAUUGCGAAGCAGCUUUUGCAGAGGGCUAAAAAGGGGGCACAGAAGAAGAUUGAGAAAGAGGCAGCCAAACUGCAGGGCAGGAAGGGCAGAACCCAGCUCAAGAACAUCCGCCAGUUCAUCAUGCCAGUUGUGAGUGCGAUCUCUUCACGGAUUAUCAAAACACCCAAGCGAUUUAUUGAGGAUGAAGACUACGAUCCUCCCAUUAAGAUAUCCAGACUGGAAUCUACACCCAACAGCAGGUUCAGUGCCACGUCUUGCGGCUCCAGCGAGAAGUCCAGCGCCGCCUCCCAGCAUUCGUCCCAGAUGUCUUCAGACUCCUCACGAUCCAGCAGCCCCAGCGUGGACACAUCAACAGACUCUCAGGCUUCCGAGGAGCUGCAAACGCUUUCUGAGGAGCGGAGCAACACUCCAGAGGUCCACACGCCGCUGCCUGUUUCUCAGUCCCCCGAAAAUGAUAACGGUGAUAGGAGAAACAGGAGGUUUUCAAUAGCAGAGAGAAGUUUUGGCCAGAGGACUACUAAAAAGCUGUCGGCCUUGCCCAGCGUGCCACAGCAGCAGUCCUCCUCCUCUCCUCCUCCCCCCCUGCUCACUCCCCCGCCACCACUGCAGCCUGCUUCCAGCAUCUCGGACCAUACCCCCUGGCUGAUGCCUCCCACCAUACCAUUGGCCUCCCCCUUCCUUCCCGCUUCUGCCGCGCCGAUGCAAGAGAAACGUAAGUCAAUUCUGCGAGAGCCGACGUUUAGGUGGACCUCCCUGAAGCAUUCCCGUUCGGAACCACAGUACUUCUCCUCAGCAAAAUAUGCCAAAGAGGGUCUUAUUCGCAAACCGAUAUUCGAUAACUUCAGGCCCCCGCCACUGACACCAGAGGACGUCGGCUUUGCUUCUGGUUUCUCAACCCCUGGUGCGACGGCUCCAGCACGCCUCUUCUCUCUUCAGUCUGGAGCGAGGUUUGACAUGCACAAGAGAAGUCCUCUGCUGAGAGCACCCAGGUUCACGCCGAGCGAGGCCCACUCCAGGAUCUUUGAAUCUGUCACUCUGCCCUCAUCGGUCGGUCGCACCACUGCAGGGGCCUCUGCCACAGGUGUCUCCUCUCGGAAGCGGAAGAGGAGAGUGUUCAGCCCCAUCCGCUCGGAACCCAGAUCUCCUUCGCACUCCAUGAGGACAAGAAGCGGGAGACUUAGUACCUCUGACCUGACAACGCUCACCCCCCAGUCUUCUGUCUCUUCCUCAUUAACGAGCAUUUCUGUUAGUUCUCUUGCCACUAGUGCCUUAAAUUCAACUUUCACUUUUCCUUCCCAUUCCCUAACGCCGGCUGGGGAAUCAGCAGAAAGAAGCCAGAGACCAAGGAAGCAGACGAGCACUCCGGCAGAGCCCUUCUCUUCCAGCAGCCCUGCUCCUCUCUUCCCCUGGUUCACGUCAAGUCCCCAGACGGAGAGAGGCAGGAACAAGGACAGGGCGGCAGAGGAACUCUCCAAAGAUAAAGAUGCUGACAAAAGCCUGGAGAAGGACAAGAGCAGAGAGAAAGACCGAGAGAGAGAGAAGGAGAACAAACGUGAGUCAAGGAAGGAGAAAAGGAGGAAAGGGUCAGAAAUCCAGAGUAGCUCUGCCUUGUUCCCUGUAGGUAAAAUGCCCAAAGAGAAAGUUGUCAGUGAGGAUGUUGCAGCAUCAUCGUCUGCCAAAAAAACAGGGGGGCGGAAAAAGUCUGCGGCACUCGACCCUGUGGCAGAUGCUUCUGCUGCAGCACUGGCCGACGCAGCAGCCAGCAAAACCAAAACAUCCAAGAAAGGUAGAGGAGGGUUAGACAAGUCGGACCUGGACCUCAGCCCUGCCAUGCCCUCUUUGGAGAAGGAAAAAGCCCUGCGUCUCUCUGCUCCUUCGUCCAGCACCGUUAAACAUUCCGCUUCUUCCAUCAGCUCUAUGUUGGCUCAAGCAGACAAACUGCCAAUGACUGACAAGAGGGUGGCCAGUCUUCUGAAAAAGGCUAAAGCCCAGCUCUACAAGAUUGAGAAGAGCAAGUCCCUCAAGCAAGCAGAUCAGCCAAAAGCACAGGGACAAGAGAGCGAUUCAUCAGAAACAUCGGUCCGAGGACCACGAAUCAAACAUGUUUGCAGGAGAGCGGCUGUUGCGCUGGGCCGCAAACGAGCGGUCUUCCCAGAUGACAUGCCCACUCUGAGUGCCUUACCGUGGGAAGAGCGGGAGAAGAUACUGUCUUCCAUGGGGAAUGAUGAUAAGUCAUCGAUAGCUGGCUCGGAAGAGGCUGAACCUCUUGCUCCACCGAUCAAGCCAAUUAAGCCAGUUACCCGGAACAAGGCACAACAAGAACCUCCGGUGAAGAAGGGCCGACGCUCGAGGCGCUGUGGGCAGUGUUCGGGCUGUCAGGUUCCAGAGGACUGCGGUGUCUGUACCAACUGUCUAGACAAACCCAAGUUUGGUGGGCGCAACAUAAAGAAGCAGUGCUGCAAAAUGAGGAAAUGUCAGAAUCUACAGUGGAUGCCUUCCAAAGCCUAUCUCCAGAAGCAAGCUAAAGCUGCAAAAAAGAAAGAGAAGAAGUCGAAGACAAAUGAAAAGAAAGAAAGCCAUUCUGGAAAGAACCAGCUGGACUCUGGACAGAAACCAACUCCUCAGAGUGUCGUAUCGAGAGAAGACAAUGCGGUAAGGAAGAGCAGUGAGCCUGCCCGUAAGCCCACUGAGGAAAAGCAUGAGGAUGGGAAUUCCUCCGUUCCGGUGCCAGAGCCCAAACAGGUCCCUGCGCCUGGAACCAGAAAGACUGGCAAGCAGACAGCCCAGCCAGCGCCGCUCCCUCCUCCUCAGCCACCCAGCUCAGGACCUUUGAAAAAAGAAGCACCUAAACUUGCCACUUCUGAGCCUAAGAAAAAGCAGACUCCCCAGCCAGAAAUAGGCACAGAACAAAGCAAACAGAAAAAAAUUGCUCCCCGUCCAACUUUCCCUGUGAAACAGAAACCAAAAGAAAAGGAAAAGCCCCCUCCUAUAAGCAAGCCAGAGAGCAGCACGCUGAAUUUGCUCAGCACUCUGACUAACGGAAGCAGUUCCAAGCAAAAGCCACCUACAGAUGGAGUCCACAGAAUCCGAGUGGAUUUCAAGGAGGACUGUGAAGUGGAGAAUGUUUGGGAGAUGGGUGGGUUAGGCAUCGUCACCUCGGUACCUAUUACUCCCAGGGUGGUCUGUUUUCUCUGUGCCAGCAGUGGACAUGUGGAGUUUGUGUAUUGUCAGGUCUGUUGUGAGCCCUUCCACAAGUUCUGCUUAGAGGAGAGCGAGCGGCCCCUGGAGGACCAGCUGGAGAACUGGUGCUGCCGUCGCUGCAAGUUCUGCCACGUGUGUGGGAGACAGCACCAGGCCACCAAGCAGUUGCUGGAGUGUAACAAGUGCCGAAACAGCUAUCACCCGGAGUGCCUGGGCCCAAACUACCCAACAAAGCCCACCAAGAAAAAGAAAGUUUGGAUAUGCACCAAAUGUGUUCGCUGCAAGAGCUGCGGAUCAACAACGCCAGGCAAAGGGUGGGAUGCGCAGUGGUCCCACGACUUCUCGCUGUGUCAUGAUUGUGCCAAACUCUUUGCUAAAGGAAAUUUUUGUCCUCUCUGUGACAAAUGCUAUGAUGAUGAUGAUUAUGAGAGCAAGAUGAUGCAGUGCGGGAAAUGCGACCGCUGGGUGCAUUCCAAAUGUGAAAACCUCUCUGAUGAAAUGUAUGAGAUACUCUCAAACUUGCCGGAGAGCGUAGCGUACACCUGCAUUAACUGCACAGAGCACCAUCCUGCGGAGUGGCGGCUGGCGCUGGAGAAGGAGCUGCAGGUUUCCCUACGGCAGGUUUUAACAGCCCUCUUGAAUUCCAGAACUACCAGCCACUUGCUGCGCUAUCGGCAGGCAGCAAAACCACCCGAUUUAAACCCCGAGACAGAAGAGAGUAUCCCGUCCAGAAGCUCUCCUGAAGGUCCCGACCCUCCUGUCCUAACAGAAGUCAGUAAACAGGAGGAGCAGCAACCUCUGGAUCUGGAAGGAGUGAAAAGAAAAAUGGAUCAAGGAAGUUACAUUUCUGUGUUGGAUUUCAGUGAUGAUAUUGUGAAGAUCAUUCAAGCGGCUAUUAACUCCGAUGGAGGGCAGCCAGAAGUGAAGAAAGCCAAUAGCAUGGUCAAGUCCUUCUUCAUCCGGCAAAUGGAACGUGUUUUUCCAUGGUUCAGUGUAAAAAAGUCCAGAUUUUGGGAGCCAAAUAAAGUAACAAGCAACAGUGGUAUGUUGCCCAACGCAGUUCUGCCGCCUUCACUUGACCACAAUUACGCUCAGUGGCAGGAGCGUGAAGAGAACAACCGCACUGAGCAGCCCCCUCUGAUGAAGAAGAUCAUCCCUGCUCCAAAACCCAAAGGGCCUGGAGAGCCAGAUUCACCCACUCCUCUGCAUCCUCCUACGCCACCUAUCUCUAGCUCUGACAGAAGCCGAGAGGAUAGUCCUGAGCUUAACCCACCUCCAGAUGUAGAAGACAACAGGCAGUGUGCAUUGUGCCUGAAAUAUGGCGAUGACAGCGCUAACGAUGCUGGACGCCUUCUCUACAUUGGCCAAAAUGAGUGGACACACGUGAACUGUGCUUUAUGGUCAGCAGAGGUAUUUGAAGAUGAUGAUGGUUCUCUGAAGAACGUGCACAUGGCUGUGAUCCGAGGAAAGCAGCUGAGAUGUGAGUUCUGCCAGAAGUCGGGCGCCACAGUAGGCUGCUGCCUCACUUCCUGUACGAGUAACUACCAUUUCAUGUGCUCACGAGCCAAGAACUGCGUCUUUCUGGACGAUAAGAAAGUUUACUGCCAGAGGCAUCGUGACCUGAUUAAAGGAGAGGUGGUUCCUGAGAAUGGGUUUGAAGUUCUUAGGAGAGUCUUUGUGGACUUUGAAGGGAUCAGUUUGAGAAGAAAAUUUCUCAGUGGCUUGGAACCAGAGAACAUCCACAUGAUGAUCGGUUCAAUGACGAUAGACUGUUUAGGAAUUCUGAAUGACCUCUCAGACUGUGAGGAUAAGUUGUUUCCCAUCGGCUAUCAGUGCUCCAGGGUGUACUGGAGCACAACAGAUGCCAGGAAGCGCUGUGUGUAUACCUGCAAGAUCAUGGAGUGCCGACCACCAGUCGUAGAACCUGACAUCAACAGCACUGUAGAGCAUGAUGAUAACAGAACAAUUGCCCAUAGCCCAGUUCCCCUUACAGAAACUCUACCUAAAGAGAGCCAAAAUACACCUGAAAUUGCAAACCCACCAUCACCAGACCGUCCCUUGCAUUCUCAGACCUCUAGUUCCUGUUACUAUCCACUGCUCUCGAAGGGUCCUAGGAUCAGGACACCAACUUACCCAUCCGCACAGAGGUCUCCCGGCUCAAGGCCAUUACCCUCUGCAGGAAGUCCUACACCAGUGACCCAUGAAAUAGUGACUGUAGGAGAUCCUUUGCUGUCCUCUGGACUGAAGAGCAUCGGUUCUCGGAGACACAGCACCUCCUCUUUGUCACAGCAGCAAUCAAAACUCCGGAUGAUUUCCCCUACACGAGCUGGGAACACUCACACCAGGCACAGCGGAUCUGCAGCUUCCAGCAUGGGGUCCUCCUCAGAACACGAGCCGAGCGUCAAGAGUACUGACCGCUUUGUGGGAUCGGUGAAUGUGGGUACUCCAAGUGCUCCAGUUCAAAGUUGCUCCACCAGUUCAGGCUCCCAGAAGACAGCGGCUAUAAGCGGAAGUAAAACUUACCAGCUGGAUGCCUCUCAGUCUACAGAAGGACAUUCAUCCAAUUUGGAUUUGCUAGCUAAAGGUGUGACUUCUAAAGGAGAGAAGAUGAAAACAUCGACCUUGAAAGACCCAGAUUAUUCAGCUCAUAGUUUUGCUUCUGGAGGAAACUCAAAAAUGUCCAUUCAACUAACCAGUUCAUCGGGUGCAGAAAUGAAUGUUAAAGUAGGAACCUUUCAAGAAUGUUCAGGACCAUUUUCUUCCAAAGAGGCAAUAUCCUUUCCACUUUUGCAUCAGAGAGGCCCAAGGAAAGACAGGGAUCAGCACAUGGAACCUGUGCAGCUGGAGAAAACGACCGGGGUUGAUGAGAUGGAUGCCAAGACCUUGAAGUCUGCUGGAGUAAAUAGCAGGUCUCCUGCAGCGAGUGAGCAGGUGGUUUCUGCCCCUAAAGACAGGCGUCAGAAAGGGAAGAAGUUAGUGAAAGACAGUUUUAAAGAGAAGCAUUCCCUGAAACCUCUUACAGAUUCGAGUCAAGCAGUAGGCAGCGAUGAAGGAAACCUGAAACCAGAAUUCACUAAUCAGGGUUUGGCAACGGAACAGCUUAACCAGAGGUUGUGUAACAGUAUUCCUGCUGAAAAAGUUGGCGAUAAGUCCCCACCUUCCCAAGGGCCAUCCAAAGGUUCUGCAGCGCAGAUCGAAGUGGCCCCCAAGGAAUCACCAACACCUAGAAAGCGCACUGUUAAAGUCACUCUGACACCACUCAAGAUGGAAGGUGAAAACCAGUCUAAAAAUGCACAGCCAGAAAGCGAUGCUGAGGCUCAGCCUGCAGGGGCAGAACUGGCUGUGGUGGCAGAGUCCUCCUCAACCUCGGAAAGCCAGGAAGAUAACCCUGUAGUUCAGGGAAGUCCAAAUGAAGCACCAGCACAGGAAUCACAGAAUAACACGUAUGAAAACCUGCCUGUUCAAGAUAACAACUUGAUGCUCCAGGAUGGAGCUAAAGCUCAAGAAGAGGGCUCGUACAAGCGGAGGUAUCCACGGAGAAGUGCUAGGGCCAGAUCCAAUAUGUUCUUUGGACUGACUCCUCUGUAUGGCGUGAGGUCUUACGGAGAGGAAGACAUUCCCUUCUACAGUAACUCGACUGGGAAGAAGCGGGGGAAACGGUCUGCAGAAGGACAAGUGGACGGUGCGGAUGACUUGAGCACAUCAGAUGAAGAUGACUUGUACUACUACAAUUUCACUAGAACGGUGGUUUCCUCGAGCGCGGAGGAGAGGCUUGCGUCCCACAGCUUGUUCAGGGAGGAGGAGCAGUGUGAUCUCCCCAAAAUCUCCCAGCUGGACGGUGUGGAUGAUGGAACUGAAAGUGAUACAAGCGUCACGGCGACCACAAGAAAAGUCAGUCAAGUAAGUAAAAGGAGCAGUAAGGAAAAUGGAACGGAGAACUUAAAGCUAGAUAGAGGUGAAGAUGCCGGUGAGAAAGUGCAAGUCACCAAGAGCUCCUCUGUCCACAAAAGCGACUCAAAGAUGGAUAACUGCCAUCCGGUGAGCAGGGUUAAAGCGCAAGGUCAGGACUCUCUGGAAGCUCAGCUGAGCUCUCUGGAAACGAGCCGCAGGGCUCACGCCAGCACACCUUCUGACAAGAACUUGUUGGACACUUUCAACACAGAACUCCUGAAAUCUGACUCUGACAAUAACAACAGCGAUGACUGUGGGAACAUCCUCCCUUCCGACAUCAUGGACUUUGUACUAAAGAACACGCCAUCUAUGCAGGCGCUGGGAGAAAGUCCGGAGUCCUCAUCCUCUGAACUUCUAACCCUGGGAGAAGGUUUGGGUCUCGACAGCAACCGUGGGAAGGAUAUGGGUCUGUUUGAGGUGUUCUCUCAGCAGCUGCCAACCGCCGAGCCAGUGGACAGCAGCGUCUCGUCCUCCAUAUCGGCAGAGGAGCAGUUUGAGUUGCCGCUGGAGCUUCCUUCUGACCUCUCUGUUCUGACCACUCGCAGCCCUACGGUGCCCAGCCAGAAUCACAACAGACUCGCCGUCAUCUCGGAGUCUUCGCUCUCCUCCUCGGGGGAGAGGGCGAUGCUCACCUUGCCCUCCGCGGAGUCUGGGGAGAAGAGAGUGACGGUCACAGAAAAAUCUGCCUCGGGGGAGGGCGAUGCAGCUCUCCUGAGCCCAGGAGUAGACCCCAGCCCUGAAGGACACAUAACUCCCGACCACUUCAUUCAGGGUCACAUAGACACAGAGCACAUAGCCAGCCCGCCCUGUGGCCCUGUCGAGCAAGGGCACGGCAGCAACCAGGAUUUAACAAGGAACAGCGGGACUCCAGGUAUCCAGGUGCCAGUAUCACCCACCGUUCCCCUCCAGAGCCAGAAGUACGUGCCAAACUCCACAGAUAGCCCUGGCCCCUCGCAGAUCUCUAAUGCUGCGGUGCAGACAACGCCACCCCACCUCAAGCCGGCCGCAGAGAAGCUGCUGGUAGUCAACCAAAACAUGCAGCCGCUGUACGUCCUCCAAACUCUUCCCAAUGGGGUUACUCAGAAGAUCCAGCUAACACCUUCCGUUAGCUCCGCGCAGAGCGUGAUGGAGACCAACACUUCAGUGCUGGGGCCCAUGGGCAGCGGCCUCACGCUAACCACGGGAUUAAAUCCGAGCUUGCCCUCGUCUCAGUCAUUGUUCCCUCCCACGAGCAAGGGGCUGCUGCCCAUGUCCCAUCACCAGCAUAUCCAUCCCUUCUCCACCGCUGCUCAGACUGGCUUCCCACCAAACAUCAGCAGUCCUUCUCCAGGGCUUCUCAUAGGGGUGCAGCCACCCCCCGAUCCUCAGCUCCUGGUGUCUGAAGCUAGUCCGAGGACAGACCUAGGUACUGCCGCCACUACUCCAGCCGCUGCCCUGGGCAAGAAGCGGCCCAUAUCUCGCCUGCAGUCACGGAAGAACAAGAAGCUGGCUCCCUCAGGAACCCCUUCUGCUAUAGCUCCUCCUGAUAUGGUCUCCAACAUGACCUUAAUUAAUUUUGCUCCUUCCCAAAUUUCCAACCACCCGCUGGAUUUGGGAGCUAUUGCAAACUCCACGUCCCACAGAACCGUCCCCAAUAUUAUCAAACGGUCCAAGUCUGGGGUCAUGUAUUUUGAGCAAGCGUCGCUGCUCCCACAAGGUGGGACCGCCACUGCCGUGGGCACGUCUUCCAGCGUUAUAGGGCCAGAGGCCAGCCACCUCCCUGCAGGGCCUGUGUCGGGCCUGGCCUCGAGUUCCUCAGUGCUGAAUGUCGUGUCCAUGCAGGCCACGGCAGCACCGAGCACCGGUGGGUCGGUUCCUGGUCACGUUCUAGGACAAAGUUCGGUAACAUUAACUAGCCCUGGAUUAUUAGGGGACAUUGGGUCGAUAAGCAACCUCCUGAUCAAAGCUAGUCAGCAAAGCCUUGGUCUUGGUCAGGAGCAGCAGCACAUGACUUUACCACCAAGUUCUGGGAUGUUCUCACAACUGGGAGCAUCCCAGACUCCAUCUACAGCAGCAAUGACAGCUGCAUCAAGCAUAUGCGUUCUGCCUUCAGCACAGACGAUGGGCAUGACAGUUGCUCCCUCCUCUACCGACCCGGAAGGCUCUUACCAGCUUCAGCACAUGACGCAGCUCUUGGCCAACAAAUCCGGGGUGGCUUCCUCCCAGCUGGACCUCGGCACAGCUUCAGCCACAACGCAGUUGUCCAGCUUUCCACAGCUGGUCGACGUUCCCAGUAACACUGGACUGGAGCAAAGCAAGACUUCCUCAUCCGUGAUGCACGCCAGCUCCGCGUCUCCCGGAGGCUCCCCCUCCUCUGGCCAGCAGUCAGCCAGCAGCUCCGCACUGGCUCCCACAAAAACGAAGCCAAAAAUCAAACGCAUUCAGCCAUCGUUAGACAAAGGGAAUGGGAAGAAGCACAAAACAUCUCACUUAUGGACCGGUUCCUCUGAAGCACAUGCUCCUGAGAGAGGGGCUGUCGCUGUACCCCAGGUCUCUGCUGCAGGGACCCUUCCUCUGAAGGCAGAUACACAGGAUCCAGCAAGCGUAGAUCAGCCAUUGCAGAAGCCAUGUGGCCAGUCUGCAGGGCAAACGUCAGUCUUGUCAGAAUCUCAGUCAACACAAAAUGCAACAAGUGAACAAGAGAAUGCAGGCUCAAAAGCUCUCGAGGAAGAAGAGAGCACUUUCAGCUCCCCACUUAUGUUUUGGCUUCAGCAAGAGCAAAAGAGAAAAGAGUGUCUGGGUGAGAAGAAACACAAGAAAGGUUUGGUUUUUGAGAUCUCUAGUGAUGAUGGUUUUCAGAUCUGCGCAGAAAGCAUUGAAGAUGCCUGGAAGUCACUGACGGACAAAGUACAAGAAGCCCGAUCCAAUGCCCGGCUGAAGCAGCUCUCCUUUGCAGGUGUGAACGGUUUGAGGAUGCUGGGCAUUAUCCAUGAUACUGUGGUGUUCCUGAUUGAGCAACUGUACGGAGCAAAGCACUGCCACAACUACAAGUUCAGAUUUCAUAAGCCAGAGGAGGCCAAUGAACCUCCCCUGAACCCCCACGGCUCAGCCAGGGCUGAAGUCCACUUGAGGAAAUCUGCAUUUGAUAUGUUUAAUUUCUUGGCUUCUAAACACCGACAGCCACCAGAAUACAACCCAAAUGACGAGGAAGAGGAAGAAGUACAGCUGAAAUCAGCCCGGAGGGCGACUAGUAUGGAUCUGCCAAUGCCCAUGCGCUUCCGACACUUGAAGAAGACCUCCAAGGAGGCAGUUGGUGUCUACAGGUCUCCCAUCCAUGGCCGGGGUCUGUUCUGCAAAAGGAACAUCGAUGCAGGUGAGAUGGUGAUCGAAUAUUCAGGCAAUGUCAUUCGCUCCAUCCUCACUGACAAACGAGAGAAAUACUACGACAGUAAGGGCAUCGGUUGCUACAUGUUCCGCAUUGACGACUCGGAAGUGGUGGAUGCGACCAUGCACGGGAACGCGGCCCGCUUCAUCAACCACUCCUGCGAGCCCAACUGCUACUCCCGGGUCAUCAACAUCGACGGCCAGAAGCACAUCGUCAUCUUCGCCAUGCGCAAGAUCUACCGUGGGGAGGAGCUCACCUACGACUACAAGUUCCCCAUCGAGGACGCCAGCAACAAGCUGCCCUGUAACUGCGGCGCCAAAAAGUGCAGGAAGUUUUUAAACUAGAACUUCAGUCGGCUGCGAGGGAGCCCCGAGCGGCCGGGGCGAACCAAAGCUUCGUGUGACGCCCUCCAUGGCCACUCAGCCAGGCCAGGGAGGCCAGAGGCAGGAGUCGAGGUGGGCCGGGCUCCGGGACCUGGCCGGCAGCUGUUUCUCUGUCAGAGUCCACAUCUUCAUGUCUCGCAUGUGCACACUUACCCUUGUGAAAGACAUGGGCGACUGGAGAAGAGCCUCAGCGUGAUUGUGUUUUUGCUGUUCUCAUUUCCCCUGACCCCAGUGUUUGUUUCUAGCGUGGGGCUAGUGAGCAGGAGAUGCUAAGGGAGGGGAGCAAGAGGUCAGCCCAGGCGCAGGCCCGAGCGUGGGGGAGCGAUUGGUCCGUCCUUGCUGGCUCAUGGCUCAGAGGGAGCUCUCCUUGUGCGAGGGCUGUGUCGGAAGUUCAGUAGCACCAUGUUGGAGUGAGCUUCCCUCCAAGGGCUGCAGCCCCAGCCCCCUGCCCCAAGGACCGCACGUGUCCAUCGUCCCUUGUGCUGCAAAACACUACUUGAGAGCCGGCGCUCAGGGGGCUGCUGCAUUGCAUGGGUCUGCCUUCAUCUGGGAGGGCUCAGCUGGGGCAGCAGGGCAGAGCAGCCCCCAGCUAGACCAAAGGGUUGGGCUCACGCUUUGCUGCCAAAUCCCAGCCUGAGCACAGGGGAAUUCCUGCUGUUUUCUGGCAGAGACAGGGCUUGUGCCAACAGUUGGGGCGCUGCAGAUGUUUGCGAGUAAAGGCUUCCUUUCAGCGGUGCUUUCUCUGGCUGUGCAGAAGGGAAGUGGCCCUCUCCCAGGUCCUGUCUCCAGCAGCUCAAGACGUUCCAGGUUUCCAUCUCUCUGCCACUGGGGAGCUAGUGCGAGGGGAGACGUGGCUGGGGAGAGCUGGGGUGAGAGCUUCCGUUAAGCAGCGCGUGAAGAGCCGCUGUCACCCUGUUCGGUAGCGCAAGUCCUCCUCCCGCCUGGGCCAGCCCCGAGGUGAGCGGAAAGCCCCGAGCCCACCACGCGACGAUGUUGGGUUUUCUCUGUUCUGUUUACAGUUUAGUAUUUAAGGUUUUAUAAAUGUAAAUAUAUUUUGUAUAUUUUUCUAUGAGAAGCACUUCAUAGGGGAAAGCACUUAUGACGAGGCUUUUUAAACAGUGGUAUUAUCCUAAUUUAAGAGAAUCUCUUUUUAAGGGUUUUUUUAAUUUUCCUAGGACGGUUGUAGGAAACGCCGGACCCAGUCCGGCCCUUUCGCCAGAGAGGGGGGUACACUUUAUUUUUGGGUUUUUUUACUCUUGUUCUGCUUUUUUGACUUCAGUAACCGUUUCCAGGAGGUUUGGCUGGACCUGAGACGUAACUUAUGAGUGAGAUGGGGGCAGGAGGGAGCGUGGCCUGGCUGAGGAGGAGGUAGGCUCUGGCUGAGCAUCCCUUUGCCUCUGCAUCCUGCCUGGAUUUAGAGGGAAAACUGAGAUAAAACGAGGGAGCCCUGAGCCCCGACCCCUCUUUGGCUGGGGCAUGCGCCCCAUCCGUAGGCGCUCUUGAAGGCAAAUGAGUCUUUCCAUGGAAAAGAGGAAGCGGGAUUCGCCCUCACCCUUCCCUGCGGGUCGGUCAGCAGCCGUCCAGGUGCUGGUGGGUGGGAGUGCAGCCCCAAGAUGUGGGGAAGGGCUGAGAGCACCUCCAGAGACCCCUGUGCUUGCAGCGGGGCACCCGAGGCCUCUUCCCGUGACCUGGGAACGCCACUCGGUGGGUCAGGAGCUGCCAGUUUCUGUUUGUUAUUGCACUGUGGGGCGAGGACUCGGUGACGGCUGUUGACAGGAGUCGCGUUGACGCUGCAUUUGUCACUGAGAUGAUUUGAUGAUGCACUGACAGUUUGGGAACGCACAUACCUUGAGGAGGCCGGCAAGCAUGGGCCAGGGCCUCAUCCCAUGUCCCCGGGCACCGCUGCUCUGGUCUUCCUGUCCCAGUUCUGACGGCAGCGCUGGGUCAGCCCAGCAAAGCCCAAAACUGCCCCAGUAGCUGGGCUCUGCUGCCAUUUCUCUCCUCCGAGCAUGGCUGGGAGAGGAGGAGCAUCCUCCCUGGCACAUGGAUCCUCCCGAUCCAUCGGCCUGGUGGUGGGCAGAGGCUCCGGCUGGGCAGCGCUGCCCACAGCCACUGGUGUGGGGGGAGCGGCGGCCGUGGGACCCCUGAGAGCCAAGCGCCGGCACCUCCAGUGGGCCCGGCCGCUGCUGCUUUGCUGCUAUUGCUGUUGCAGGCCAGUGGAACUGUGUGUGCCGCGGGAGCCGCGCUGCGCCGCAGGGCCGGGAGGAGCCGUGGCGGCGAGCGCGUGGGCUCGACGCCUCUUCCCCGUGUCUGAAUGUACAUUUUGUGAGGACUGACGCAGAUCACGGUAUCUGAAAAUACUGAAAAAAAAACCCACAAAAAAAGGACCCUUGGGGCGUUAAUUUUUGUUGUCUGUGUUCGUUUCCUAAGGAGAAGCGGGUCACUGCAAAGGGCUGGGUAUCUUUCCUUUCUGGUUUCUUUCAUUUCGAAGCAAUACCAGGUUCUCCAGCGGGACGGUCUCUGUGCGGCAUCGCACCAUUCACACCCAUACUACUGCUCACUCAGCACUCGCCAGGUUUUUAUAGCUAUAAAUACAAUAUAUAUAGGAACUACUAUAGAAAUGCACCGUGUAACGCCGCCUCGUGCAGUAUCGGUCCAUGGCUUUUAAUUCUUAACACUAUAGGUAAGGAUCGUGUUCCAGUGGCUACCGCCGGCGGGAGCCGGGCCGCGCGGCCCUCUCGCCCUUCUUGUGCCCAGUCAGUUCGUGUACAACUUGGUUUCUUCCUCUUCUUCCUCUCGUUUUGGUUAUGAAUGUUGGGGUACCACCUGCAUAUGGGGAACUGUGCUCUGUGCUUUCCUGGUCUCUUUAACGAGGUGCAGUAGCUUUGUCUUAUCAACCGAGAACUAUAUUGUGGUGUUUCUUUUAUUGAACUUAACAGUCUCUUUAGUAACUACAGGUAGGUGAAUAAUUGUUUCAAAAAAAAAAAAAGACAAAAAAAAGCUCUGCCAAGGCAAGGUUAUGUUCUAGAACUACAUUUCUUGACACCUUAUCAUGUAUAACGAGCUCUUCUUCUCCCUUGUGUUCUUCCAAGCUUCUGGUUGGGUUGGUUUUUUAAAAAAAAAAACACAAAAAAAGAGGAACCGUGUCUAAAGUCCAUCAGUGUUAACUCCCUGCCACAGGGAAGAAGGAAAUACUUUAACAGUUAAAAAAUGCUGAAAGCUCUGCAAAAGACUGAAUGUAAAAACAAAAAAAAGUGUACAUACUUGUAAAAAAAAAAACAAAAAAAAAACAAAGGAGUUUUUAAACAUGUUUAUUUUCUAUGCACUUUUUUUUAUUUAAGUGAUAGUUUAAUUAAUAAACAUGUCAAGUUUAUUGCUGCA